ACCAUGGGGAUGCUGCAAUGGUCGUAAGUGCAAGGAUUGGUCAUAAAUCAUUUUGUUCAAUCCUGUUGUAAUUUUGAACAAUCGCUAAAUAAACGAUUGCAGGUCAAGGACUCCCUGUAUGGCACCUUCAGAAUCAGUGUUUAUUUUUACUACAUUUGUAUAAAGUAGAUUCUGAGUCAAUCCAGAGCAUAAUGAUUCAACCAAUUGAGCUAAAGGAGCAAUUCUGACUUGUUUGGAUGUUUCUUGCAUACAUGCACGUGUGAUUUCAAGUCCUAAUAAAUCUGAAUUUGGAGAUUUUGACUGAACUGAUUUGCCUAUCCCAAACAGUUUUCUAAGUGGAUUCAAACACUGAAAUGUAAUCCGAUCCAUUUUUCAAAUCAGUUUACAGGUACAUGUUCAAAUAAGAAUUCAUGUUCCUAUUUAUUUCCUAGUGUUUCUGCCCAUCCCAUAAGAUUCAACAGGGUGAGCAUGCUUCAAGUCCCCUAUACUGUAUGAAACAAUGCCAAUUGGUGGAACCAGCCAGAGUUGCUUUGGAUAGGGAUAUGGGCAGCAUGCAAAUUUAAUUUAUAUAUAUAUAUAAAUUAUAUGUGUGUGUACACUCACACACACACAUCCCCAGGAGGCAUACAUCCUGAGGUUCAGAUGAACCUAAUCCUAUUGCCUUUGCCCCCAAGUGUAGGGCCAGGUUUUGGGUCUGUAACAUAUUGUAAGAUCUUGGUGUUCCCUGAACUUAGCUGUUUUCUGGCAGUUGCAUCACUGCACUGAUGUUGUCACCUGGCCUGGUAAUGAAACAUCUGCAGGAAAUCAACCAAGCUUACAGAAUACUAAGAACCAACAAUUGACUUGUUAACAUGUGGAACCCAUUAAACUGUUGCACUCUCCCUGUCUUUUUGUUAUUGUACUUUGAUUAACUGUAAUUUUAAGGGUUGAAUAUUGUGAUUAUUAGGUGUGUUUUAAUUGUGUAUGCCACCCAGAGUUACAUGCGAGUGAGAUGGGCAGCCAUGUAGAUUCAAUAAACAAACACACUAUCAAACCCAGAUCUGCCUAUAUCCUCUACAAUGUACUAUCAUUUGGAAAUAUUAUUGUGGUUUGGUCUCAGGUUGUACAAUGUUCUCUGUUGCUUUUAUUUUUGUCGGUUGUUCUGUUUCAACCUUAUGUUAAUUACCCAAUCUCAAUUUGUGAGUUAGACAGCCAUAUAAAUCAAUCUGUCAGGCAAACAAAUCUAACCUGAUUCUUUCACUUUUGACAGCUUCCUUCUUUGCAGGCAUUCUCAAUGUCAUUUCAGCCAAUGCUAAAUCAGGUAUUUAUAGAUAAGCAAUGUUUCUUUCAGCCUCAAUUCACCAUAUGCAAUAAACACCAGAAUAAUAAUAUCGGGUUGCUUUACAAAAGUGUUAUAGGAAAUUUUGUGAAGAAUUUUGGAAAUCUGAAAUUUCCUAUGGAAAUUGUAACCAUUAUUAUGGUAGGAAUUCAGUAUUCUGCUCCCAUAGUUUUGCUAUGGCUUGAUUGUGAUUUUUUUGCUAAUUCCUUCCAGCAAGAGCUAUAGUAAUUUUUACGUAAUCGGACAUAGUAUCAUCUCCAAGACAUUCUUGUGUGAUAGCUCUAGAAAAUAGGCAAAAAGUACACAUAUCAUCAUUUUGAACCUUUCCGUGUCAAUGUCAAGUAAGACAAGUAGUCUUGUUUGAAGGAGCUGAUCUUGUCCUCUAUUUAUGUGGAGAUCAUAAAAGAUAAAGGUUUCCCUUGUCCAGUCCUGUCUGACUCUAGGGGGAAGUGCUCAUCUCUGUUUCUUAGCCAAGGGAGUCAGCAUCGUCUGAACAUGUUUCCGUGAUCAUGUGGCCAGCAUGACUUUAUGCUGAGAUGCACGAAAUGCUGUUAUCUUCCCACCAAAGUGGGAAGAUAUUUACUUGUAUUUGCAUGCUUUUGAACUGCUAGAUGGUCAGGAGCUGGGGCAAAUAACAGGAGCUCACUCAGUUGUGCACUGCUUGGGUCGCGAAUCUGAGCUGUCAGCUGACAAGCUCAGUGUCUUUAACCACUGAGCCAUCACACCCUUUUGGAGAUCACAAUAUAUCAAAAUUGGAUGAAACUAUAUUGGAGAAAAACUGCAGGUUUAUUAUUGGCUAUAAACCUGUGCAGGAAAAUCAGAAUCUGUUAAGUUUGUACAGUUAGCAUGUGUACACUUCUGAUAACAAAAACACUUAACCAGUUCCAGAGAAGUAUCUAUGCUGAUCUUUCAUAGUAAAAAAGUAUUGCACAUUUAAAAAAGCUACAUGUACUCCUUAAAGACCAACAAAUGUAACUACUACAUUUUGAUCUUCAAAACCAGUGAUGAAAGCAAUGGACUUCAAGAUGUCCCAAGAUGUUUGUUGUUCAAAAUAGAUUUGUAUAUUUUAAAUCUAUCUGUCUAUCUGUCUGUCUGUGUAAUAGAUCUAUAUGUUUGUUACAUGUGAUUCUUCUGUAUGCAUAUUCUGCAUGCAUAUUUGCUUGGAUAAUUGUAAAACUGAUGAACACAGUACUGUCACAGUAAUAUAAAGUGGGUAUAUCUGUUUUGUAUCACAUCAAAGCCUACAUUUUUAAAGAUGCAUAACUAUGAUUCAAAUGGAUAUCUAUGCAUAUAAAGUAGAAAUAUAGGUUUUUUUUAUCAAUACAGAUACCAUAGAACACAUAUAUGAAUAUGCACACAUAUGGCAAAAAGCUGUAGAUAAUGUUGCUUCCCUCUUAGAUAACAAUGUCAGGUUGUUGAUGAAUAAUAUGUGAAUUGUUUAAUGUGGCUUCCUUUUAUUUCUUUUUACUGAAUUGUAUCACAACCAGGCAUUUUGUUUCUUUUAAUGGUGGUGCAUUUGCCCAACUCAGUUUUGGCACUUGAAAUAAAAAAAAUAUCCACAUAUUUUUCUUCCCAUCUUUGGUGAUGAAAAUAUGUAUCUGUGAUUAAUUAAAUGGCAAACAAUUUGCUAUAUGUUCGUGACAUGGAAGUCUGUUGAGACAAAUGCCUCACUAUGCCAACAUGUCAACAAAACCAUACAAAUAAGGUGACUUUCAAAUCGCCGUGUACAAAAUAGUUUUCCAAACUUGAAACACUUCCAAAAUGACUGAAGCAGCCAGUUGUAAGUGGGAUUUCAAUUGUCUUUGGAAUCUCAAAAGGAGACAUUUUGAAAUGGUGACAGUUCAGUUCUGAAAUAUUUUAUACAUUUCUCAACCCAACACAGCUGUAGUUAAUUGCAAAAUCAAUUCCACUGAAGGCAACAGCAUUUACAUUAUAUUAAGGCCUGAUAGACUAUACUAAAGCUGGAUGGCCAUUUGUAGUUGUACACUUAAAAGAGGUCUGUGAAGUCCUUGGUGCUCCCUAACCUUGAUUGUUGGCUUGCAGAUAUUUCAUCAUUAUUAAACUAGGUAAUGUUACCUCGUCUGGUAAUGAAAAGUCUGCAAGCCAACAGCCACGCUGGAACAGCACCAAGGACUCCACAGUUCAACCCUGAGCUUGAGAUAUUCUCUUCUAUUAAAAGGGGUCCCACAAUAUGAUGUGUUGGACUACAAUCUCCAAUGACAGAAAUCAUGGGAGCUGUAGCUGGAGAGCCCACUUUGCAGAAGGCUGGUCUACCAUCCUGUGACAUCUAACAUACUAUAAAAGUGCCAACGCAAUUAACGUCUUCGCAAACAAGAGUGUCCCACAGGUACAGCCCAGCAAGAAGCUGUUUGAUUGGCUGCAGGGUCCUGUUGAAUGUGCGGGGCAGGAGGCGGGCAGGAGACUCGGAUUCUUUGUCACGUACCUUGCGGAGGGAACUGGAGAACUCACAAAGCUAUUCGGAAAUAGCAGGCCACCAGGCUUCAUAACGCGGCGUACCCAGAAGGCUCCCUUUUCCCCAACCAUACAGUUUGGGAACGCUUGACCCUUUCCCCAAAGCUCAGGGAGACGGGCGUGGAGGCAGAAUCUGACCUUCCUACCCACUUUGGCAGCACUUAAUUUGCCAAGCCGCGUGCCGCUCGUCUCCUCAAGUCAGCCGCCGCCGCCGCGCCGCGUCGCCUCUUCUUCCUCCCCCUCGGCCCCCACUCUUCCUCCUCCUCCCAGAAGAGCUCGCCACGCCGCGGGUCCGCCGGCAAAAGCCCAGCAGGCCUCAGGUUCCUCGCCGUCUCUACCCCCUCCCGCUAGGCUGAGGCUCGCCUGGUGCUUGCUCGUAGUGCGCAGUGCCUCUGCAACAACGGCAGGAGCCGAAGGAACAGGCGGCUCGCUCGAGGCUGGAGAAGGCAGGCGGCGGCGGCAGCAGUAAAAGCGGCGGCGGCUCCUCCCCCUCCCCCUCUUCCUGCUCUCCCCCUCGGACUCCCGCAGGCAGGAUGGUGGCCGUAGCCCUGCAGCCCUCUGCGGGCCGCGGGGCGGGUCUGUAGCUGGCGUGGGGUGGUGCCCUUUGCAGCAAUCGGGAGCCGAAGGCGCCGGGCGCCGGGCGCAGCGCAAAGCGCCCGUGCGCCCCUUCUCCUCUCGCUCUCCAUGGACGGGGGAGCGGGAGGUGGCCCCGGGGUGCCCGGUUCUGAAAACCCCAACCGCGCCGUGGAAUAUCUGCUGGAGCUCAAUAACAUCAUCGAGAGCCAGCAGAAGCUGUUGGAAACCCAGCGGCGGCGGAUCGAGGAGCUCGAAGGGCAGUUGGAGCAACUGAACCAAGAGAACCGGGACCUGCGGGAAGGAGACAGAGAGCGACACCGAGAUCGAGACCGGGACCGGGACCGGGACGGGCAGUAUCACCACAAGGAGAGGGAGAGCCACUAUCAGAACCGCACGGAUCGAGACGGGCAGUAUCAGAACCGGGAAGGCCAGUAUCCCAACCGCGAGAACCGGACGGACCGCGAAGCUCCGUACUCGAACCGAGCCGACCGGGAGAGUCAAUACCAAAGCAGAGCCGAACGGGAAGGGCAGAACCAGUAUCAACAUCGGGACAAGGAACGAGAUCUACAGCACUAUGGAAACCGGGAUGGGCAGUACCAGAACCGGGAGAGCCACUACAGGGAGCCCUGCCAGUUGCAUCGAGAGCGGGCGCCGCAGUGCCAUCAGGCUCGGGAGAAGGAGCACGAGUACCCUCGACCACCCCGGGAAAGGGAGAGGGGGCAGCUGAACCGUGGGGCGUCGCGGAGCUCCAGUCCUGGGGCAGGCGGAGGCCACAGCACCAGUGCCAGUACCAGCCCAGCCACCACGCUGCAGAGAAAGUCGGAUGGGGAAAAUUCAAGAACUGUCAGGUCGUCCACGUGUCCCACUCUGCACCAGUACUGCUGCUCUGCUCAAUCGCUUCUCCACUCGCAACUAGCUUCCCCUGCCAGGCACACAGGCUGCAGUGUGGAAGGAGACCCUCCAGGAAGCGAGGCAGGAACUAUAGUGGAUAGUGUGGGCAGUCAGCCAUACCGAUGUAUCCCUGAGGUGACCAAGGUUGAGCACUAUGAUUUAGUGCCAUCUUCCUCUUCUGUCUGUCACGCUCCGUCACCAGGUCUUCCGUGGGCCCAGCGAGCUCGGCUACAGCCAGCCAGCGUGGCGCUGAGGAAGCAGGAAGAGGAGGAUAGUAAACGAUCAGCACUAUCAGACAGCUAUGAGCUCUCAACGGAUCUUCAGGACAAAAAGGUGGAGAUGCUGGAGCGGAAGUAUGGGGGCUAUUUCUUGAGCCGGCGGGCAGCUCGUACAAUUCAAACAGCCUUUCGCCAGUACCGCAUGAACAAAAAGUUUGAGCGUCUAAGAAGUUCGGCAUCAGAGAGCCGUAUGUCACGGCGCAUCAUCCUGUCCAACAUGCGGAUGCAAUAUUCGUUUGAGGAAUAUGACAAGGCCCAGAAUGCCCCUUACUUUGAAGGCAAACCUGCCUCUCUGGAUGAGGGCUCCAUGGCUACUGCUCGACCUCACCUGCUGGAUCAUGGCCUUCCCUACGGUGGCUCCUGCCGGGCUGGCUUGGACGGUGUCUCCCUGCAUUCCUCUUCUGGAGGCUUCUGCAAUGACAUCACGGAGCUGGAGGAUUCCUUCUCCAAGCAGGUGAAGUCCUUGGCAGAAUCGAUUGAUGAAGCUUUAAACUGCCACCCACUUGGCCAGGAGGGAGGACCUGGUGGCCCCACUUUGGAAAAAAGUGAAUCCAAGGAGCAGCAGGGUGACAGUGCUGCCACUUCAUUCAGUGAUGUCACACUCUAUCUGGACGAAGGCGCUCUCACGUCACCCCUCUCUCUGGAGCGCCCCCCCAGCACUGAGCCCCCAGAGCCUGCUCCGGGAGUGCCCCUCCCACCACCCCCACGGCCGGAGUACUGGGGGGUGCCCCAGCGGGAGGACAACCGGGAGAAUGGGGGUGGGAGCCGGCGCAGCACACCUUGCAUGGAAUGCCGGGACUACCGCCUUCGGGGCGCUCACCUGCCCUUGCUCACAAUUGAGCCUCCCAGUGACAGCUCAGUGGAUCUGAGCGACCGUUCUGAUCGGGGUUCACUCAGUCGGGGGCUCAUGUAUGAGCAAGAUGGCUGCAGCCCCCAUGGCACCCUCAAACAUCCUGGCGGGCCUGCCCGCUCCCCACACCCACACCGCCAUUAUCAUCCCGAGCAAAGCCAGCCUCCUCCACCUUUGCCCAUCCCACCUCCUCAGGCCCCAGGCCGCCUGCCUCCGCCUCCUCCGCCGGACAACUCAGAUGGCGACAACGACAGCCUCAACAGCACCACCAACUCCAACGAGACCAUCAACUGCAGCUCAGGAUCCUCCUCACGGGACAGCCUGCGUGACCCGCCACCACCUGCCCCAGCCACCACAACAACUGUCGGGCCCUGCAAGCAGACCUACCAGCGUGAGACGCGGCAUAGCUGGGACUCUCCUGCCUUCAACAAUGACGUGGUGCAGCGCCGCCAGUACCGAAUCGGCCUCAACCUUUUCAACAAGAAACCAGAAAAGGGGAUCCAGUAUUUAAUUGAGAGAGGCUUCUUGUCGGAUACGCCGGUGGGCGUGGCCCGAUUUAUCCUGGAGCGGAAGGGGCUGAGCCGGCAGAUGAUUGGAGAAUUUCUUGGCAACCGGCAGAAGCAGUUCAACCGAGAUGUACUUGACUGUGUUGUAGAUGAGAUGGACUUCUCCAGCAUGGACCUGGAUGAUGCCCUGAGAAAGUUCCAGUCACACAUUCGGGUGCAAGGUGAGGCCCAGAAGGUGGAGCGUCUCAUUGAGGCCUUCAGCCAGCGCUACUGUGUAUGCAAUGCCCCAUUGGUGCGCCAGUUUCGGAACCCUGACACCAUCUUCAUCUUAGCUUUUGCCAUCAUCCUUCUCAACACUGACAUGUAUAGCCCCAGUGUCAAAGCAGAGAGGAAGAUGAAGCUGGAUGACUUCAUCAAAAACCUGCGGGGGGUUGAUAAUGGGGAGGAUAUUCCCCGUGACCUCUUGGUAGGGAUUUACCAGCGGAUACAGAGCCGAGAACUGCGCACCAAUGAUGAUCACGUUUCUCAGGUCCAGGCAGUUGAGCGCAUGAUUGUGGGCAAAAAGCCGGUUCUCUCUCUGCCCCAUAGGCGCCUGGUGUGCUGUUGCCAGCUGUAUGAGGUCCCCGAUCCCAACCGGCCCCAGAGGCUUGGCCUGCACCAAAGGGAAGUCUUCCUCUUCAAUGACCUCUUAGUGGUGACAAAGAUUUUCCAAAAGAAGAAGAUCCUUGUGACCUACAGUUUCCGCCAGAGCUUCCCACUUGUUGAGAUGCAGCUACAGCUCUUUCAGAAUUCCU